AUGGCUAACCCCAAGUUGGCAUGCAUGGUUCUUGUGUGCAUGGCUUUGGUGGCAUGCACACCGCACGCCGUACAUGCCAUCACGUGCGGGCAAAUCGCGAGCAGUCUCAUACCCUGCGUGAGCUAUCUCCAGCGCGGCGGCCCUGUUCCUCCGCGAUGCUGCAACGGAAUUAGGAGCAUUGCGAAUGCGGCGAGGACCACCGUGGACCGCCGCACCGCUUGCAACUGCUUGAAGUCUGCUGCUGCUAGAGUCCAAGGAAUCAACCUUAGAAAUGCUGAGUCUCUCCCCGGCAAAUGCAACGUUCGCAUUCCCUAUAAGAUCAGUACCUCCAUCGACUGUGCCAGCUAUAUGUUUGAUAGGGGUAUAUCACUCUGGUUGCCUAAGCAUGUUGCUGCUCUAUCUGUACAUAAGAAUGAUUCUUUACAUCUUUGA